AUGGGUUUUAAGAAGACUACAGCUAUGAACCAAGCUAUGUUGGCUAAAAUUGGGUGGAGAUUGCAUAGCAAGGAUAAGGGCUUGUGGACUAAAAUUUAUGAAAAAAGUCUAAGCAAGGCUGCUCUAGUACUUGGAGAAGUAUUCUCCAUGGGACUGCCUAGCUAUCCCAAGGAUAAGUGGGUCACUGAUGCGCCUUUGGCUCAGCAAGAAAGGGUGUUACAGAAAAUUCUUAAUGUGCAUGUUGGUUUCAUAGGUUCUAUCCCUGCUUCUCAUAUUUGGAGGCCUUCUCCUAAUGGAGUCUUCUCAGUUAAAACUGCCUAUUGGCUGUUGUUUGAAGGUCCUUGGUGGCCUGAUUACGAUUGGAAAUUUUUAUGGAGCCUCAGGAUCCCUCCUAAACUUCAGUUUUUCUUAUGUCUGACAGUCCAAGGAAAACUCCUUACUAAUGAGCAGAGAGUUAAAAGAAAUCUAGCUGGGGAUUCAGCUUGUACUAUAAAUUUCAAACCUUGGCUCAAGGCCAACUUAAUGUCAAAGGUUAAGUGGCAGGCUGAUAUUCCUCGGUAUCUGGUGUUUGUUGCUGCUUGUUGGCAUUUAUGGAAGUGGAGGAACAAAUCCAUUUUUCAGCCUGAGGAUGAGAUGCAUGUUAACCCCAGACACGACAUCUUGGUUGCUGCCCAUGAAUGGUUCAUGACCACUCAAAUCUUACAGAAAACCAGGGGAGUUAUUCGUGAUUCCUUUAGGGAUUGGACCUACGGGUUUGCUGCUAAUCUGGGCAAAGGUCAUAUCCUUGAGGCUGAAAUGUGGGGCUUGUUUUUUGGGUUAAGGCUUGCUGCAGAUAGAGGUAUUCGCAAUCUGUUGGUGGAAAUGGAUUCUGCUAUGGCUGUUAAGUUGGUGAGGAAUGCUACUACUCUUGAUCUUCAUCAUAUGGCGUCUCUAGUUUCAGGCUGCUGGGAGCUUAUGGGAAAGUUUGAUGCCUGUGCUCUCCAUCACAUUUAUAGAGAAAGAAAUUUGGUUGCUGACCAUAUUGCUUAG